AUGCAGGACUUUGGAUGCAAUCUUGGACUGAAAGGAAAUGAAAUGGCUGCAGCCACAGCAGGUAGGGAGCUGUACCUCCACCGCCCAGCUCCCCUCGCACUCCCAGCACCACACUUCUGCUCAUCCAGGGAACAGCAAUCAGCUUGCACAACAUCAUCACGCUGCCAUAAACGGAGCAGAAAGAGGUUGAAGGGAAUAAGAAUCAUCCGGUUUAAGGUUUUGGCUCUGAAGCUGAAGUUUCCAAGCAAGUUUGCAGAUCCUGUAAUACAGCCUUUAGUAGAAUUUGCCUGGCAUGAAUAUUUACAAGAGAAAAAGAAGGAACUGAGGGGUGAGGUCUGGGCAUACACCUCCUCGGUGAUGUGCUUCGUGGAUGGCCAGCUGCUGGGGGACGAGAAGGAGAUGCUCAAGUGGUCUUACCAGCAGUGGGACUAUCAAGACUUCAAGCCUGAGGCACUUUACCGAGCAAUUGCUGAGGAUUUCUACACCAAAUACCUGAAAAGCAGCCAGCACAUAUUUGUAUACCUGGAGAUAACCAUUGAGGAAGAACCCGUCGGGAGGCUGCUCUUUGAGCUCUUUUCAGACGUGUGUCCCAGGACCUGUGAAAACUUCCGUGCCCUGUGUGCUGGAGGAGCAAAGUCUCUCCAUGAUGGCCGAGAGCUCACCUACAAACACUCCCUUUUCCAUCGACUUGUGAAAAACGGGUGGAUCCAGGGAGGAGACAUUGUAACGGGCAAGGGAGACAGAGGAGAGUCAAUUUAUGGCCCCACAUUUGAAGAUGAAAGCUUCUGCAUCCGUCACAAGGGAAGGGGGAUCCUCGGGAUGGCCAACAAGGGCCGACACAGCAACAGCUCCCAGUUCUACAUCACCUUUCAGCCAGCUCCGUACCUGGACAAAAAAUAUGUGGCUUUUGGGCAACUGAUUGAGGGCACGCAGGUCCUCCAGAGGCUGGAAGCUGUACCUACGUAUUACGAAAGGCCUGCGGUAGCCUGCAGGAUUAACAACUGUGGCACCUUCGAGCCAUGAUUGCCAGCCAGUUCUUCUGCCUGCUGUAAGGCACUGCACUG